AUGGCAUAUGAUGUGCAAACAAUUAAUCAUUUCAGUUACAUUGACAUAACAUGUGGUCAAGAUGGAAUAUUCAACGUGAAACAACUAUUGAAGAUGGCUGAAAUAGGAACUAAAAAGAUGCAGGUAGAAUCUGAGUUAGCUAUAUGUAUUUCAAACGCCUUUAAAUAUUUUUCAACUGACASUUGUGUUCUAAAUGACUUAAAUAUGUGUGUACCUUUAGGAUCGAUAUAUGGUCUUUUAGGACCAAGUGGCUGUGGAAAAACUACAUUAAUUAAUAUUAUUCUUGGAAAACUUCCUUUGGAUUCUGGGAUUAUUAAAAUAAAUCCUAAUAAAUUUUCAGAUAUUGGAUAUAUGCCUCAAGACUUGAGUUUAGAUUUGAUGCUUACCAUAGGUGAAACAUUCAAAUAUUAUGGUUCAUUGUAUAGAAUGAAUGAAAGUGAUAUUUCUAGUAAAAGUAAAGAACUUAUUUCUUGGCUUAGAUUACCACAGGAUAAUGCUCUUUUAAAAGAUCUAAGUGGAGGUGAGUGUAGAAGAGUUUCAUUSGCUGUCGCGUUACUUCAUGAUCCAAAAAUCAUAAUACUAGACGAACCUACAGUAGGAAUUGAUUCAUUACUAAGAUAUGAAAUUUGGCAAAAACUAUUGGAAAUGGUUAAAGUGCAAGCCAAAACUAUAUUAAUUACAACGCAUUAUAUCGAAGAAGCACACCAAGCACAAACUAUAGGUUUGAUGAGAAAUGGUGUUUUAAUAUCAGAAUCUUCUCCUCAAGACUUAUUGGUUAAACAAAAUGCCAACUCGUUAGAAGAAGCCUUUUUAUCCUUAUGUUCUAGUCAACAAUUAGAUGGAAUAACUCAGAGGGACAAUAUUUUCAAAAGUACGAAUGUAUCAUCAAACAUUUUGCACGCUGACAACGGAAUAUCAUUCAUUAGGAUCGGUGCAUUUAUAAAGAAAAAUAUAGCCAUUUGUUUAAGGGAUUUCACGUUUAUAUUUUUCAUGAUCUUAUUUCCAAUGUUGGCAGCUAUUAUUUUUAAUUUAGCUAUUGGUGGUAGUAUUAAAAACGUUAAUAUAGCUAUUCAAAAUAAAGAAGUCACUAACUGCCAGAACAUUGCGGUUAAUCAUUGCAUUUAUGAAGUUACUAACAAUUUCACUCUUAGCUGUGUUGUUAUAAACGGUUUACGAGCUCUAGACUACAAUUUGAUCCCAGUUAAAAAUCAGGAAGAAGGAGACGUUUUAGUGAAAAAAGCUGAAUCAGUAGCAUUCAUUCAAUUUCCUCAAAAUUUUAGCAUAGGACUUCAACAAUAUGUUCUUGGUUCGUGGUUUUCUACCAGUGAAUAUUCGCUAAAUACGGUAGCUUAUGCAAAUAUCGAUAUUGGAAGUGUUUUGGUAAAAAGUCAAGUCAUUCGAAAUCUAUUAAAUGUUGUCGAAAAUGUUAUUAUAAAUAGUACUCUAGCGUGUAACGAAAAGUUCGUCAAGCAACCUUUUAGAACUACGUAUCUAGUGGGAAACAAAGUUGAAACAUUUAUUCAUAGUAUAGCUACUAUGUUUGUUUCGAUGAUAGGAUUUUAUUUCUCAAGCGUAAUAUCUACAGGAUUUAUGUUGACAGAGAAAAUGGAAGGUUUUCUUGAUCGAUCUAUGACAGCUGGGAUUACAAUACUAGAAGUUGUAAUUUCAAUAAUGUGUAUUCAAACUGUAAUACACAUAAUUCAAACUAUUUCUGUUAUGUUUGUCACAUACUUUGUUUUCCUAAAUCCUAUCGAAAUCACUAACGGGUUAUUUGCAUUUGCAUUUAUAAUUUUAUUAACUGGAUGGUUAGGUUUACUCUAUGGUUUGUUAAUCGUUGGCUUAUCCAAAUCAAGUUCCGAAGCCAUGAACAUGAUUAUUGGUUGGAACAUGAUACAGAUUUAUUUAUCGGGUAUAAUGUGGCCGAUUGAAGCUCAGAUGCCAUUCAUGAAAAUCGUAUCUGAACACCUUCCAUUGUGCUACAUAAGUCGAAUAUUGAAUAAUAUCGUUUUAAGAGGAUGGACUUUAGGACACCCUACUGUCAUAAUCGGAACAGCAAUCAUCAUUGGUUAUGUUUUUUUACAUGUAAUUAUGUUAUUGUACUUAACUCGCAUMAAAAAAGAUGCCUGGUUGUUAAAUAAAUAA